CAAGCUGCUCCUCCCACCGCUGUUUCUCCUUCCCCGGGAUGCAGAGAGCUUCCCCAAGCGCACAGAGACCGGUGGGCUGGGUGAUCCUGUCCAAGCGCGAGGCUCGAGAAAGAUCACCCUCUCCCUGGCGCCUGGAGCCUGCCAGCAACCCGCGUGGCGCAGAGGGAUGGAGUCCUGGCUGGAGACGCGCUGGACGAGGCCCUUUUACCUGGCUUUUGUGUUCUGCCUGGCCCUGGGGCUCCUGCAGGCCAUUAAGCUCUACCUGCGGAGGCAGCGGCUGCUGCGAGACCUGCGCCCCUUCCCCGCACCCCCCACCCACUGGUUCUACGGGCACCAGAAGCUACUUCAGGAUGGUAAAAUGGAGAGGCUUGAGAAGCUUGUCGAAAAAUACCCUUGUGCCUUUCCUUGCUGGGUUGGGCCCUUUCAGGCAUUUAUCUAUAUCUAUGACCCAGACUAUGCAAUGACAUUUCUGAGCAGAACAGAUCCCAAGUCCAAGUGCCUGUACAAGUUCUUGACUCCAUGUCUUGGAAAAGGACUAGCGAGUCUAGAUGGACCUGAGUGGUUCCAGCACCGUCUCCUGCUAACUCCCGGAUUCAAUUUUAACAUCUUGAAAUCGUAUGUCGAGGUGAUGGCCCACUGUGUGAACACAAUGCUGGGUAAGUGGGAGAAGAUUUGCGGCACUCAGGACACAGUUGUGGAGGUCUUUGAGCACAUCAGCUUGAUGACCCUGGACAUACUCAUGAGAUGUGCCUUCAGCAAGGAUACCAACUGCCAGAUAAACAGCACCCAAGAUCUUUAUGUAAAAGCAGUAUUUGAAGCCAGCAACAUCAUCUUGUACCCUUUGUACAGUUUCUUACAUCACCAUGACAUAAUUUUCAAAUACAGCCCUGAGGGCCAGCGCUUACAGGAAUUAAGCAAAAUGCUGCAUCAGUACACAGAAAAGGUAAUCCAGGAUAGAAGGGAAUCCCUCAAGGAUAAGAAGAAGCAGCAGGGUAACACUCAGAAGAGGAAGUACCAGGAUUUCCUGGAUAUUGUCCUUUCUUCCCAGGCUGAAAAUUCUAACAGCUUCUCUGAUACUGACCUACAGUCCGAGAUGAACACAUUUGUGUUAUCAGGGCAUGACACAAUGGCAGGGGGCAUUUCCUGGCUCCUCUACCACCUGGCUUUGCACCCUGAGCAUCAGGAGAGAUGCCGGGAGGAGAUCAGAGGCAUCCUAGGGGACACGUCUUCCAUCACCUGGGACCAGCUGGGCGAGAUGGCACACACCACAAUGUGCAUCAAGGAGUCGCUCCGAUUGGCCCCUCCAAUCCCAUCCAUUUCCAGAGAACUCAGCAAGCCCAUUACCUUCCCAGAUGGACGCUCUUUGCCUGCAGGAAUAACCGUGGCUCUCAGUAUUUGGGGUCUCCACCACAGCCCUGCCAUCUGGGAAAACCCAAAGGUCUUUGACCCCCUGAGAUUUUCUCAGGAGAAUUCUGAUCAGAGACACCCCCACUCCUUCUUACCAUUUUCAGCUGGACCAAGGAACUGCAUCGGGCAGCAUUUCGCCAUGGCUGAGUUAAAGGUGGCCAUUGCCUUGAUUCUGCUCCACUUCAAGGUGACUCCAGACCCCACCAGACCUCUUGUCUUCUUGCCCCAGAUUGUCUUCAAACCCAAGAAUGGGGUCCACUUGCACCUGAAGAAACUACCCUAAUGUUAGAGCCUAGGAUACAGUGCUUAUAUGUAUUUUGUUUUAAAGUUAAAUUACAGCUAAUCAUCCAAGAAAAUGGGAAGAAAUUCAAAGUAUGGUGGGAGGGUCAGAGAUAGGUGGGAUGGAGGGUUUCUAUGGAACUGCACAUUAUCCAAAAUCCUUUUCUGUUUAACUUGGGAGGUUUUCAGAUCUUUCCUGUUUGAUUCUGCCUACUAUUAAUGCUAUAUACCAAAAAUUUUUGCUAGGCAGCUUCCAUAUAUUUUCUGUUGUUUUUAAAAAUAAUUUUCAGUAGUAGUAAGUGAAUGUAUUCAAGAUAUUACUGCUCCCAGUAAAAGAUUUCCAACAUUAGAAAAGCAUCUAUAGUAAAAAUGAAAAAUUCCAUUUCACAUACCCUACACCUCCCUUCCCUGAUGAAUAUUACUGCUUUUCCUAAAAGCAGAAUAGUUUGGUGUGCAUUUUUUCACUUUUUCCUGUACAUUUCAUAUGUAUUGUAUUUCACAUGGAGCUGUAUGUAUAUGUUACUAUAGAUGGGAUCAUGUCCAUACAUAUGUUUUUUUCACUUAAUAAAAAUAUAUCUUAUUCUUAAUCAUA